GCGAAGGAGAGAGGGUCGUAAGGAGACUCGGGGCUAGGGUCGCGGAGGGAGUCGGGGAGUCUUAGAUUCUCUGUAGUGUCUGCGUAGCUGGCAGGGUUUACUUGGCCUGCCGGGGGCCCUCGAGACAGGGCUGGCUUUUAGGGGCUUUGUUUUUGUUUCUCAGAGUCUAAGGAGGGAGGAGAAUGGACAGAAUACUGACUGGAACGUUAAUUGGAGAUUUUCAGAUGGGAAAAGCUGAAUAAUUCCAUAUUCUUCCCUCAGUUGCUCCAUUAGGCAGGCUGACUUCUAUUUUGAAUUCUCAACUUUGAAAUCAGCCAGUGUGUUUGGCAGAUUUUGACUUAAUUCAGGGGUUAGAGUUUGAGCCAAUUUAAAUACAUUUUCAUUAGGGCACACAAUUCAACCGCUGUUUACGAUGGAACUUCUGCUGAAGACCGUGGUGCUUUCAAGAAAUGCAUGUACUGCGGUUUGCUUCUGGAGAAGCCACCCUGUGCAAAAGCUUUCUGUUAGAAAGAUUAGUACUACCUCUCCAAGGAGUACUGUCAUGCCCGCUUGGGUGAUAGAUAAAUACGGAAAGAACGAGGUGCUUCGGUUUACUCAGAACAUGAUGAUACCUAUCAUACACUAUCCAAAUGAAGUUAUUAUCAAAGUUCACGCUGCGAGUGUAAAUCCUAUAGAUGUUAAUAUGAGAAGUGGUUAUGGAGCUACGGCUUUAAAUAUGAAACGUGAUCCUCUACAUAUUAAAACCAAAGGAGAAGAAUUUCCCCUGACUCUGGGCCGGGACGUCUCUGGGGUGGUGAUGGAAUGUGGACUUGACGUGAGGUACUUCAAGCCUGGAGAUGAGGUCUGGGCUGCAGUUCCUCCCUGGAAACAAGGCACUCUGUCAGAGUUUGUUGUAGCCAGUGGGAAUGAGGUCUCUCUCAAGCCGAAGUCACUCACUCAUACUCAGGCUGCCUCUUUGCCAUAUGUGGCCCUCACAGCCUGGUCUGCCAUACACAAGGUUGGCGGCCUGAAUGACAAGAAUUGCACAGGAAAACGUGUUUUAAUCUUGGGUGCUUCGGGUGGAGUUGGUACUUUUGCUAUACAGGUAAUGAAAGCAUGGAAUGCUCAUGUGACUGCAGUUUGCUCUCAGGAUGCCAGCGAACUUGUAAGGAAGCUCGGGGCAGAUGACGUAAUUGAUUACAAAUCUGGAAAUAUGCAAGAGCAGUUGAAAUCUUUAAAACCAUUCGAUUUCAUUCUUGAUAAUGUUGGUGGAUCCACUGAAACAUGGGCUCUAAAUUUCCUCAAGAAAUGGUCAGGAGCCACGUAUGUGACUUUGGUGACUCCUUUUCUCCUGAACAUGGACCAACUAGGCAUAGCAGAUGGCAUGUUGCAGACAGGAGUCACCGUGGGUUCUAAGGCAUUGAAGCAUUUCUGGCAAGGAGUCCAUUAUCGCUGGGCUUUUUUCAUGGCCAGCGGUCUAUAUCUAGAUGACAUCGCAAAACUGGUGGACGAGGGGAAGAUUCAGCCAGUUAUUGAAAAAACCUUCCCUUUUUCUAAAGUUCCAGAAGCCUUCCUGAAGGUAGAAAGAGGACAUGCAAGAGGAAAGACUGUAAUUAAUGUCGUUUAAAUAAAGUUUGGUGAUUGUUGGCUUCCUUA